ACGUAAGAUCUAAUCAAAUCCUUAUCUUCAUUCACACCCCAUCAACUGUACCCUCCUCCAGUCACUUCCUUUUCCUUGGCCCAGACAUAUUGUUCUUGCUUAUUAAUCAGUGUUUAUGUUAUCUUCUUCACUUUUUCUUUUCUAUUCAUAUUCAAACUCUUAUAUUCUUCUACUCUCAGUUCACAUUCAUAUUGAUAUUGGCAUGGUCUUUCUCUGAAUCCCGUUUUCAAAAGAAAGAUAGAGAACAUGAGAAUUCAGUGUGAUGUGUGUGAGAAGGCUCCAGCAACAGUGAUUUGUUGCGCGGAUGAAGCUGCUUUGUGUGCAAAAUGUGACGUUGAAGUUCAUGCUGCAAACAAGCUUGCCAGCAAGCACCAGAGGCUUCUCCUUCAAUGUCUAUCAAACAAGCUUCCCAGAUGUGAUAUAUGCCAAGAUAAGGCAGCUUUCAUAUUUUGUGUUGAAGACAGAGCACUCUUUUGUAAGGACUGUGAUGAGCCAAUUCAUUCAGCUGGUAGCCUUUCUGCGAAUCACCAGCGCUUCCUUGCUACUGGUAUUAGGGUGGCUUUGGGUUCAAAUUGCACCAAAGGCAAUGAAAAAAGUCAAGUGGAACCAUCUAAUCCCAAUGCACAAGAAGUUCCUGUGAAAAUUCCUUCUCAGCAAGUGCCUAAUUUUUCAUCCUCUUGGGCUGUUGAUGACUUAUUGGAAUUAGCAGACAUUGAAUGCCCAGACAAAAAGCAAUCCCUGGAGUUUGGAGAGCUUGAAUGGCUAGCAGAUGUGGGUCUUUUCGGUGAACAGAUUCCUCAGGAAGCUAUAACUGCAGCUGAAGUUCCUCAACUUCCAGUGGCACACACUAGCAAUGUUGCCUCACACAAAGCCCCUAAAUUUUUCAUGUCAUACAAAAAGCCUAGGAUUGAAGUCCUUGAUGAAGAUGAUGAUGAGCACUUCACUGUACCUGAUCUUGGCUGAA